ACUCAUAGAAAAAAGCGUACACAACAUCUCUGAAAGCUACAUUACCUCUGUUUGUUUCAUUUUAGUUAAAUUCUUGCAAAUUACACAAAAUUUUAUUUCAUGUACCGCUACCCAACUACCGCUUGAAUGAAUGAUUCCCCUCCGAAAUGAACCAGUCCCGGAUGAACGAGCGAUGAACCCAUCUGGCAAAGCGUGCAAUAAGGAUAGCUCUAUACGGUCGUGCACCGUGCGAGAGCAGGAUGCGUACGUUUCGGGCUCCGGUCGGCCGACCAGAUUCGUCGGUCGCUUCGCAAUGCCGACGCACACAGAGGCUCGUCACUUGGCCCGCGGACGCUGGAGCGCUUUGCGUACAAACUGGUAUAACGCCAACCCGUCGGACAACGCUUGAAACCAUCGACGAGCAUGCAUGCAGGUGUAUGUUGUGCUGCGUACUGUGUUGGUGGUGAUAUCGUACAACGCGCGUCCUUUUCCCAGUUGAAGGAUUGCGUGCGGGAUUGAUUGUGCAUUCUUCCACUAACGAGUGUUGUGUUGAAUCGACUGCAAAAAAGAAAAAGAAGCGAUAGUACACGUGGAAGGGAAAUUGUGCUUUAAUCGAUCAUUAGUGUGUAACGUACGAGUCGUGUGUGGACGUCGACAAAGCACACAAACAUUCGUGCUGUGGCUGGUGAAGUGUUGUGUCCUGUAAAAGUGAAGAGGGAAAGAGAGAGAGCGACAGAGCAGUACGUGAAUUGGCGUCAGUUCGCCAACGGAAAAUGGAAGUGAAAUUAAAUUUGUCUCAUUAAGGGCUGAUUGGAUUUUUUAGCGCACUAUAAGAGCAGUGGCGUGGGAGGGUGUAUUGGUGUCUCUAUGUGUGUGUGUGCUGUGGGGUGUGUAAAUACCGACCGAAAGUGUCCAUUUAUGCCAUCUCCCGGGUGGCGGUGCCAUAUGCUGUCGCUCAAUGUGCCACCGUGUUUCGCUAUUUAAUUCCAUUCGACGUGAAUAGCUUCUGUUCUAGCAGCAACAGAAGAGCCAUUUGGUGCGCGAGAACGAGUGUGUGUGUGUGAGUGUGUCGUCUCUAUCUAUCUAACGAUCGGGGAGUCGGGAAUCGAAAUCAAAUCAAAUACGAUCGAUCAAAGAAGAAAAUAAAAACGAAUCGAGUGGUCUGUUGUAUCGUGAGUAGAAAGAAGUCUCGCCAAGAAAGUCCCAGGCGCACUGGGGAAUUGAAUUGAACGUCCACAACGCCUCACGCCCCGGAGGACGACGAUGACCAUGUCGCAUCUACUGAAGCAAACGAAAAAAUGCUGCGCGAAGAUAAUUCGCAAACUGUCCUUCAAUCCGGUCUCGGCGACGAACGGCAGCAGUGGUGGGGCCGACCAUUCACCGACCAACAAUGGGCACGGGUUGAACAAUCGCAUCACGACGGCCAAGUACGUGCUGCACAAGAACUGCACGCCGACCCGGUGCAAGGUGCAGCCGCGGGACGGAACCGUCGUGGACGAUGGCGCCGUCGAGGGCUGGAUGGCCGCGGACACGCGCAUGGCUCCGGACGCGCACGGUGCCUUCUAUCCCCUCGGGGAGGAACGGUCCUCCUCGAACCCAUCGCCACCGCCCAUCCCCGAGACGCAGAACAACUACAAGCUGAGCCGAAGCAUGAAGAACCUGCCGAAGAAGCGCACCAACAUCACCGCCAACAAGAACGUGAACCUGCGCAAAUGCUUCCGAUUGCGCUCCAAGACGUUUGACGGACCGUUGGCCCUGGAGGGUGGUGAUGGCGGUGGGCGGACAAUGCAGGAAAGUACGCUCGGAAGCACUCCCUCGAUCGUGGAAGGCAGCAACCACCAUCGUAGCGAAGGCGUUGGAGGCGAACGGCGUGAAACGAUGACGGCGGCUGACUCGAUGACACUGGCGAGCAACAACAGCAGCAGUCGGCUGAUCGGAGCGAAGUUGGACAAGAUCAGCAAGAGUCUGAUGCGGUCCGGGGAUGGGGAGGGUAGUACGCUCGACAUUGCCAAGCCACUGUUCCUGUCCGCGAGCAAACAUCGGCGCAGCAACUACAACCACAUCGAGGGAUGCGAUGAUGACGAUGCGGUGAUAAGAGGAAACGAUGCCAACGGGCACUGGAGGCAAGAGGAAGAGCUGGUACUGACAUCCGCCACGGGGACAUCCGCUCUCGGCAGGAGAGAGUCCCGCUUGGAGCAGGAAACGACCCUCUCGACGAUGGUGGAGGAGCAAGACCCGGCGGCGGCGGCGGCCGAACAGACGCCGUCGGUGAUGGAGCGGCUGACGGUGGCGGAGACGGCGGCGGCACUGCUCUUCGAGAAGGUCAAGUACGACCGCACCAAGCGCUACCUGAUCGACCAGCUGACGGACGGUGGAGGCGGGGGAGGAGAGCACGGGGCCGCCAGUAGCCCGCCGAGCGCUUCGUCCUGCUGCCCGUCCCCGUUCCAUCUGGCGAAGAGUGAGGACUUUGUCGAUCCGUGGAAGAACUACAACAUCCGGCCGAGUGGGACGGGCUGGGACAAGGUGUCCAAAAGCCCGUGGGAUUCGUCCGCCAAGCCGAGCCCGGUGCGCGGCGAACUCAGCAAAGCGCCGCUGACGCACACGUUCGUGGAGGUCCCGCCGCACCAGCAACAGCAGCACCAGCCGCAGCAGCAAACCUCCCUACCGUCCUACCAGCCGAUGCGCACCCACUGGAACCCGUUCGAGUACUCGCCGGCACAUCUCGCCCGGCUUGCCGCGGCCGGAGUCAACGCCCAGUCGACUCCUCCGCCACAUCAGCAGCAGCAGCAGCAAUUCCGGCCAGCGUUCCAGGUGCAGACGGACGUCUGGGAGAACCUGAACAGCAAGCACUACGAGAUCGACACGGACGUGGUGUGGCGGUCGACCCGCUGCUCCUCCCGCCGUACCAGCGCCAGCACGGUCGAGACGUGGAUCGACGACGAAACGUUCGACAACUCCUUCAACGAGGAGCUGGAGCGGCGCUGUGCUACGCUGAAGAUUUGCGAGUGAGCUGCGAAUGCGUCGCGGAACAACCGUCGGGAUCAGAUUCCGUCCACCAGAGGCAUAUAUUAGAGGGGUUCCGAGGGAGACACAGGGAGAGAGAGAACAGCAGAGCGAGAGGGGUCACUCCUUCUCUUCCAUUUUGUGCAGUUUUAUAGGGUUUUCCAGGAGUUCUCAGGUAAAGAGGAAUUGCACUGUAUAGCACCCUUGUUGGACAAAUCCAAUAGGAAUUUCCAAGGUGCCUGUCCAAAACGUGUCCUACAACAAUGAGAAUCCCUGGAAAACGCUGUAGUGUGUGUGUUUGUGUGUGUGGAAGAUCUUUUGAAGUGAAUGUGGCCAACAUCUCGCAACUGUCUCUCUCUCUCUCUGUGCCCCUCUCUCUCUCUCUCUGUAUUUAUGUCACAAUGCGGCAAUAUUAGAUAUCUCCGGAGGACAAGCCGAGUCAAGGGUGGUUGUCACGGGCCAGUGUAAAAUGGGUGCAGUUGGUGCCAUUAGUGGGGAACCUUUAACGUAAACUAGCUAAAUGGGAGGAAGAACGAAGGAUUUCAUUUUUUACACAUGAUUUUCUUUUGUGAUAUAUCGUAGUACCAGUAUGCGCGUGUGUUUUUUAGUUGUUUUUUUUUAAUUGGUUUAGAAUUCCUGCUUUAAUUAACUCUUACCAGUGUGGCGUUGUUAAGUGCUUAGCUUUUAAGGAGUCGAGGGGUUUAAUCAAAUAGCAACUGUAAGAAUGAUACCAGCAUAGAUAGAAGAACCAGAGUGCGUGCUAUAAGGAGGAAACAGCAACACGAGCAGCAUGCAGAAUAUAUAUUUAUAUCGACAAACACAAGAGGGAAAGUAGAUCUCACGCAGACGACAAGUGCGCUUUCGCUUCAAUUCGGGUGUGUGUGUGUAAAUACGUUUUGUUUUACUAAUUCGUAAGUCAUCCUUUUAACCUUUAUUAUCGACACAAGCCGCCGCCACCAUCAAGAGUCGUGAUAGAAGGAUUCGGGGCAGGAGGAGCUUGGGGCCAUAUAGAAACAAAAGAGAGAGAGUGAGAGAGAAGGGAGAUGAUGUUGGGUUGCCAGGAGAACACACACAGUAGGCUGUAGACAACAGACAACGCCACCACCACCAAGCAGCUUUAAUUAAGGUCCGUUUUGUUUGCUGUGUGUGGUUACGUUAAACGCUCCUUGCCUCAAUUCCUUCUGUUUUUCUUCUUGUUAUUUAAUCUUCCGUAAAAGGAAAAGAAAACAAACACGCGCGGAAAAAGAGGGACACUAUACUCAACACGUGGGAAAGGGUUAGGACAGAAAUCACAGCAAACAACAAACAGCACACGCAGUAACAAUAAUUACUGCUUCUCGCCGCUUCUGAAGAGAUUAACGAACAACACGCACAGAGAGAGAGAGAGAGAGAGAGAGAGAGAGAGAGAAAGAGAGAGAGAGAGAGAGAGAGAGAGCGAUUAACAACAACCACCACUAUUCGUGAUUUGUGUGAAAAAGGAAAAUUGGAAACAAAUGGAAGAAGCGAGUCGGGAGUAAAAACCCGAAGGAUUGCCUAAUAGAGGGAUCAAGUUGGUGUGUUGUGGGCCUCAGCAGGGAAAGGAUAAUUAUCGGGAAGCUGCCCGGUACAGCAAUUGCUGGAUGCGACGGCUACCGAUGGGAGAAGAACCCCCGAGAAGAAGAGGAAACGUGCAAAGCAAAGCGAAUAGAAUGGGUUUUGAUCGAUCUUAGUAAGGCGCUUGGUGGUGGUGGUGGUGGUGGUGUAGGCUCCGUUGCUAUGGUGUGCAAUGAUCUCCAGCGCGGUUCCUUGAUCUUCUCAUCUCAGUUGUGAAAAGGGUGACGCCGACGACGACGAGAAUCGAGAGAGGAAACCUGUUUAGGAGCUAAUCCAAUAAAUACUCCGAAUAGGAGGAGAAUGAAGAACCCUGCGCUCCUUCACACCUCUUUUGUCCCUUUUUUGUGGGGGGGAGUGUAUCAUGAAAAAUGGGUGUGUGAUUAUGAUUCUGUCUAUGUUUAUAAGAAAAGCACCAGUCGCUAGUAUUAGAAUUGUAUUAGGAAGGCCAGAGAGGAGGCGAAAAGAAAGAGAAGAUUAUAAUGAUUAUAAUAAUAACAAUGAUAAUACAAACUCACUUACGCUAAAGUGCGAAAAUUAACGUUAAA